GAUAAAUUGGUACGACGCCGAAAUUAGGGUUUUGAGUACCAUUUUUAUUGUACCCUUUCACCUUUACUCUCGCCUUCUGCAUCGCUUCAACCCUAGCAAGGUAAAAUCGAAGAAGGCGACUGCAGAUAUGGUUGAGAAAACGAAGGGGAGGAAGGAAGAGGUGGUAUCAAGAGAGUACACCAUCAAUCUACACAAGCGUUUGCAUGGCUGCACCUUCAAGAAGAAGGCUCCUAAGGCCAUCAAGGAGAUAAGGAAGUUUGCAGAGAAAGCAAUGGGAACGAAGGACGUCAGGGUGGACGUGAAACUGAACAAGCAUAUCUGGAGCAGAGGAAUUCGAAGUGUUCCAAGGAGAAUUAGAGUUCGUAUUGCACGCAAGAGGAACGACGAUGAAGAUGCAAAGGAAGAACUGUAUUCGCUUGUUACCGUUUCAGAAAUCCCAGCAGAAGGUUUGAAAGGAUUGGGCACUAAGGUCAUCGAUGAAGAAGAUUGAUCUCACAUUCCCAUUUGCCUUUUUAUCAGUUAUUUCCAACUUUUGGCAACAUUUUUGGUGAAAGACUUGUUUAAAUCAGAGUUCUUCAUUGUCCCACCCUUCGGUACAUUUCUUUAUUUUACUUCGAAUCCUAGCGGAAUCAGCUUUUCUUUU